CGCGGUAGAUGCGGACGUCACCUCGCUGACCUUCUCCGCGCACCGCCUGGGCUGGGGCGAGCCAAUGACUGGCGCGGUCUUGGGCACGUGACAGGAGGCGGACCCUUCGCCGGAAGGGGCGGGGCGAGACUAGCGACCCGGUAGCGCGGUAGGUGCGGUGGUGGAUACGUCGUCGGGCGUGGGUGCGAGUUCCGCGUUGGGGGCUGGCGGGGCGGGGGCGGGGCGGGGCGGGGCGGGGCGGGGUCCCCUGGGCGCCCCGAGUGCGGCUUGAUUCGCUCUCAGAAGUCACUGCCCUCGAUCGGGCGCUCCUUCCGGGACGCGCCUCCCGGGGUACCUGCCCCUGCCCCUGCCCCUGCCCGGCCUGCAGGGCCCCCAGGCGCGAGUCCCUCUGCUGGGAAAAGGCGGCCGCCCCCCGCUUCCCGCAGGGGAAGCGACGCAGACGGGGCCUCGCGUGUCCUCCCCGCGCGCCCCGCCCCAGAGCCCGCGCGGCCGUGCUGCACUUUCCCGGGUUCCCACCCAAAGCGCCUGCUGCCCUCGCCUGGGACGCCGCCUGCCCGGCUCCUCCGGCGCCCAGGCGGCCAUCGCUGGGGGCAGUGGGCGCAGGAGACCGGGGCCCGGGAGCCGGCAGCACUGGGCGGCCCCUCGCUCCCCGCCUCCCGCGCCCCGCGAUGGAUCAGAGGCUCUCGGAGUUGAUCGAGGACCUCACGACGUCGGGGGAGCCCCGGCUGGACCCCGAGAGGAUGAAGGAGCUGAAGAAGAUGUGCAAGUCCUCGGAGGAGCAGCUGAGCCGCGCCUACCACCUGCUGACGGCCCGGCUGAGGCAGGAGCACGCCGAGGUCCGCCUCUCCGCCUUCCAGGUGGCCGAGGAGCUCUUCGCCCGCUCCCACCUGUUCCGGCUGCUGGUCGUCUCCGACUUCCAGGGGUUCCUGGAGCUCACGCUGGGCACCGACCCCCGGCAGCCCCUGCCGCCCCCCCGGGAGGCCGCCCGGAGGCUGAGGCAGGCUGCCGCCCGGGCCGUCCAGGGCUGGAGCGAGAAGUUUGGCGCCGCCUAUAAGAAGCUCGCCUUGGGCUACCACUUCCUGAGACACGGCCAGCAGGUGGAUUUUCAGGAUGUGCACGCCAGGACGCUGGCGGAGAGAAAGCGAGAGGAGGAGAAGCAGAGGCGUUUAGACAGAAUCUACCGGGAAAGGUCCGAGCAGGCCGUGCGGGAGAUGGAGGAAAUGUCCGGGGACAUCCGGGGCUGCCUCACGGAGGUGGACAGCUGCUUCCAGCUGCUGGUGCCCUUCGACUUGGGGCCGCACCGGGGGGCCGUCGCACCUGCCGUGGCCUCUGGGGCGCCCGAGGAGGGCCCGCCUCGCCUGGCCAGCGCCCCAGACCUCGGGGACGAGGAGCAGCCCUGCUGCAGCAAGAGCCUGCCUGCCUGUGCGCGCUGCCCAGUGGCCACCACGGGGGCCUCGGGGGACGAGGAGGACGAGGAGGACAGCGACCAGGAGGACUUUGUGCGGCGCCAUGGGCUGGGCUCCCACAAGUACACGCUGGACGUGGAGCUCUCAGGCAGCCUCAGGGUGCAGGAGGACGAGGACAAUUGCGCUGUCAUCCAGUCGGCCCGGGACGCGCUCAAGCUCAUCCAGAACAAGUUCCUGCCGGCUGUGCGCACCUGGGUCCAGCUGUUCACCCGCGCAGGUGCACGUGGCCAGCACUUGGAGGCCGCCAUCGACUUGAAAGCUGAGCUGGAAACCGCCCUGCGGAGAUCCCAGGAGCUGGACAUUGAGCCCGAGGGGCCUCACAGGAAGGAGCCUUGGGGUGUCCCACAGACGGCGGCCCUGGGAGACGAGGACGAGGACGAGGAUGAUGGCGACUUUGUGGAGGUCCCGGAGAAGGAGGGGUACGAGGCCUGUGUCCCUGAACACCUGUGGCCCGAGGACGGGUCAAAGAAAGACCUGGCGGCGCAGGGCUUGCUGGCGAGGAAGAGGAGGAAGACGGACGAGGAGGCGAGCGACCCCACCUCUGCUGCCGCCCAGCUCCACCGGCUCCGCGGCCACUUGCCCCCAGCCCCAUGCCCGAGCCCCAGGGCGCCGCUGGCACCGGAGGAAGCCGGGAGGCUGGCGGCAGAGCGGGCCCGGGCGCCCGUGGUGCCCUUCGGGGUGGACCUGUGCAACUGGGGCCAGGAGCAGCCUGCGGCCGGGAAGGUCCUCAAGGUGGAGUCUCAGCACCGCUUCUGGAAGCCCAGCGAGGUGGAUGAGGAGGUGGACAGCGCCGAGGUCUCGGAGGUGCUGCGGAGCCGCCACAUCACCUUCGCGGGGAGCUUCGAGCCCGUGCAGCACCGGUGCCGGGCCCCCAGGCCCGACGGCCGGCUCUGUGAGCGCCAGGACCGGCUGAAGUGCCCGUUCCACGGCAAGAUCAUCCCCAGAGACGACACGGGGCGGCCCCUGCACCCGGAGGACAGGGCCCGGGAGCAGCGGCUGCAGAGGCAGGCCGGGCGCUCAGACUGGCAGGACCCCGAGUUUAUGAGGGAUGUGGAGGUGGCCACAGGGGUGGACCUUGGCUCGUCCAGGGCUGGCAGGAGAGGCAAAGGCAAGAAGAGGAGGCACCCCGGCCUCACCGACCUGAAGCAGCAGGCAGACACCGCCCGCACACGCAUCGCCAAGAAGGUCUUCGCUAAGGCGGCCGUGCAGAGGGUGGUCACAGCCAUGAACCAGAUGGACCGGAAGAAGCACGAGAAGUUUGCAAACCAGUUCAACUACGCGCUGAGUUAGGGGCACCUGUGCUGUGGCCCCCUCUGCUCUCAGCUCCUCUCCCUCUGCCAGGGCCCCGAGGGGAGAGCGGACAGGUCUGGGCAGUGGCCUCUGUCUCCAUGAUUGUGUUCAAUGUGAGGAAAUGGUGCAUCUUCUGAUUAAAA